AUGGACAGUAUUCCCACGCCGCCAAGCGAGGACAUGACCACAAAGACAUCAUCAAUGAAACGAUCACACAACAUGUCCAAGACAGUCAAGCCAGUCCAUCGGGGGUCGAAGAGGACGAGCCAUCCUCCUUCUCCUCUCCAAGAAACAAGACCCGUAACACACCACACCGAUGGCAGACACAAGAGAUGCAAUGGAGAGUUUCCCUGCAAGAAAUGCAUAGACGACUGCCAAAUUUGCACUGCAGGAACUCGGAAGAAAACCGAGUACAAGCAAAUACCGCGGGGUUACGCAGAGGUGCUGGAGAACUCGCAGUUCGCCCUGGUGGCGACCAUCCACAAGCUCUAUGCUAUGGUUCGCAAUGGACAGCCCUGGGAGCUGGGCGAGCCCGGGCUCAAUGACCGCGACCAGCCCAUCGUCCACAACAUCGCCCAGAUGCUCGGCUGCAUUCGCCCCAACAAUGACAUGGACCUUCCCCCUCACACCGUCUUUCCUGAGGAUGAGGCUGGCAUGGCCGAGCUGGCACGACAGCUGGAAGAGCAGCAAAAGAAGAAGGAGGCGCAGGCCGCGUCCGCUACGAGUGCCGAAAACGGCAACACCACCAAUAUGCAAUCCAUGACUUCCGUUCCCGCUUCCAACGGCCAGGAAACGCAAUCUACCAGCACGACGGCCAGCGCUCUCAUCAACAGCACUGCCUUCUAUGAUCAUCCAGAUCGUGCUAGCUCCUCUGCUGCUUCCGACCUAGAUCAGUCCGAUUUCGACCUUGACGAUUACGACUACCGCAAAGCCGCAUUCGGUACCGGCACCUCCAGCACUCUGAGCAUGUCGCCAGCGAGCCUAUGCUACGACCAGUUCGAUAUGAACCCCCAGUCUCGAUCACAUCCGCAGUCGCCCGAUCCACAAUUUUCUCCCCAUACCAAUGCCUUGGGUUUCCCUCCUACUCCUACAGGGUGGCAACAACAACAACAACAACAACAGCAGCAGCAGCAGCAGCAGCAGCAGAGGUUACAACAGCAACAGCAACAACAACAACAACAACAACAACAACAACAACAACAACAACAACAACAACAACAACAACAACAACAACAACAACAACACCAAUAUCCCUCCGGAGCGACAGCCUUCCUGUCGACGAUGACCAUGCUCACCCAGACUCAAAUGCACCAACAGCAGGCGCAGACGCAGCAGUGCGGAAUUGCCGCUGCAAUGGGAAUGGGGCUGGGUGGUAUCAGCGGCAUUGGCCUGCUGGACUCUGCGGCCACGUACGGCGGCCUGAUCAAGGCCGACCAGGGCUCUGCCGAUGCGCUGCCAUCUGAGGUGAUGCUGGGCAGCGGCGACCCAAUGAUUUUCUCGGGCCCCGGGAUAUAUGAAGCAGAUGUGGUGGGGAUGCAGUUCUGA